CGUUCCUGUUCUGGGAAGCAGAAAAGAUUCCCGCGAGGAUUGUCGAAGUGAACAACGAUCACUCCAGAAUGUACGAGGUCCUGAAGGAGUCCGGCCUGGACUAUGUGGCUGUGCUUCCGCCCCACAUCGAUGACCACCAGCCGCUGACUGGAACCUACACAGUGACCGUCGAUGGGAUGGGCGGGAGGGUCAUUUCCAAGCACGACUUAGCUCAUUUCUUCCUGAGGUGCUUGACCACCUCGGAAUACGAUGGCAAAAGGGUGAGCGUGUCAGGCAGUUAUCCCGCUCGUUAACCCGCUCUUGCCGAUAACACACGCGUGCGUGCAAUCGCGUGUAAAGAUACACGUGUCUGAUCACGUGGAGCGACAAUAAACGAUCAGGAUUAAGACAGGA